AUGUUCGAAAAACAUGAAUUCAACGUUGGCAACACGCCAUCCACCUCCAUGUCCAAUUCGGCCAUGCCAACAAGAUCACCUAUGCUACAUAUGCCUCAUGCAAGUAGGAUGCCCGUCCUUUCGGAUGAUAAUGAUGCUAUGGAUAUAUGCCAAGAGCAAUCUACGAAAAGAGCUAUCCCCAUGCCAGAGUCACCAAUUGCUAAAAGACAAAAGGCAACCAUGCGAACACCACCUGUCGGCAAUGGAAGCCUUAAUCAGGGCAUGGUGCCUCAUCUGGAUGUUUUUUGCGCUGCUCUUUCUUUAAACAAACAAGCACACACCCUUGUUCUGCGUUAUUACGUAUCUGACAUUUCGUCCAUGUUGCAGUCCAGCAGAACGUACGUCGCCGUGGAUCUGGUGGAAAUAUUCCAUUUUGAAGAUGCCUUCUCCAUAUUGAAACUGGCAGAAAGAGAUGACAGCGUUGAGGUCCGGGUCAAGAUCAGAAGUGUUCAGGUGGAUAACCGCAUCCAGUACUUUUGCUUGGUCUUUCCUAUUCCUGACGACCGACGUUUGGCUUUCGCUCAAGCCAUGGUGGAUGGUAGGGUCCAAAACCAAUUCAAAAAGGUUGGUAUCUGGCGUACAAAUGUGUAG